AUGAGCAGGCGGAAUUGUUGGAUUUGUAAGAUGUGCAGAGAUGAAUCUAAGAGACCCCCUUCAAACCUUACUCUGGAAGAGGUAUUACAGUGGGCCCAGUCUUUCCAAACAUUGAUGGCUACAAAAUAUGGUCCAGUGGUCUAUGCAGCAUACUUAAAAACAGAGCACAGUGAUGAGAAUAUUAAAUUCUGGAAGGCUUGUGAAACCUAUAAGAAAACUGCCUCACAGUGGAACAGAACUUCCAGAGCAAAGAAGCUUUAUAAGGUUUACAUCCAGCCACAGUCCCCUAGAGAGAUUAACAUUGACAGUUCAACAAGAGAAGCUAUCAUCAAAAAUAUUCAAGAACCCACUCAAACAUGUUUUGAAGAGGCUCAAAAAAUAGUGUACAUGCACAUGGAAAGGGAUUCCUAUCCCAGAUUUCUGAAGUCAGAAAUGUACCAGAAACUUCUGAAGACUAUUCAAGCCAACAACAAUUCUUGA